GUUAUGGUUGACAUCAUUGCUUGGCUUGAUUUGAUUGUUCAGCUCUGCGCACGGCAGAUUUGUCAUUCUUAAAGAAUUAGAUAAAAGUAGAAAAUACGUUAUUGUGGAACAAUUAAGAUUUUCUUAUUUUAAUAUAUACUGUGUGAAAUAGAGUGCGCGUUAUCAAGUGUCGUGUCCUCUUGUUAGGCUACGUAUGUUCAGUUUAAAUCAGUGCUGCAAAUAAAAAUGAAUAAUAUCGCCAGAACCCCGAAGACAUCACCAAUAACUGAUGAUUAUGACAUCUCAAACACAGUUCUUGGUCUUGGAAUUAAUGGGAAGGUGGUCGAGUGUAAAGAGAAAAGAACCGGUGCUAAACGUGCACUGAAGGUUUUACACGACAGCGCGAAAGCAAGACGCGAAGUCGAGCUGCAUUGGAGAGCGAGUGGCUGUAUACACAUCGUUGAGAUAAUAGAUGUAUAUGACAAUACCUACGCUGGGAAGAGAUGUCUGCUUGUUGUGAUGGAGUGUAUGGAUGGCGGGGAGCUGUUCCAGAGGAUCCAGGAUAAUAGAGAGGGAGCCUUUACAGAAAGACAAGCUGCUGAGAUAAUGCACUCGAUAUGUGUUGCCGUUCGUCACCUACAUGACUCGGAUAUCGCUCACAGAGACAUCAAACCUGAGAAUCUGCUCUACACCAGUAUGGAGCCUAAUGCGAUAUUAAAAUUAACCGACUUUGGCUUCGCUAAGGAGACCCUUUCACAGGCGGAUACUCUACAAACACCCUGUUAUACGCCGUAUUACGUCGCUCCAGAGGUCUUAGGUCCAGAAAAAUAUGACAAGUCCUGUGAUAUCUGGUCUCUAGGCGUUGUCAUGUACAUCUUGUUGUGCGGCUUCCCGCCGUUCUACUCUAACCACGGCCUCGCUAUAUCACCGGGGAUGAAAAAGCGAAUCCGUCUCGGCCAGUACGACUUCCCAGAACCGGAGUGGUCCAAUGUGUCCGCGGAAGCCAAGAAUCUGAUCCGCGGCAUGCUGUCUGUGGACCCCGCCAAACGACUCACCAUACACCAGGUGAUGUCAAGUCCGUGGGUGCGGCAGUUCGCGCAGGUGCCGCAGACGCCGCUGUACACGCACGCGCUGCUGCGCGACGCGGGCGAGGCGUGGGCCGACGUGCAGGACGAGAUGACGCGCUCGCUCGCCACCAUGCGCGUCGACUACGACCAGGUACAAAUUAAAGCUUUGGAACAGAGUAACAACUCCCUACUAAAUAAGAGAAGAAACAAAGUGGGUGCCUGAGAUUCUCUCGAGGGAGGGACAUGAGGCCCCCCCUACCUCCGACUGACGUCAUCACAUCACAAUGACUUAAGUAAAUUAAUUUUACAAAUUUCUUUUUUGUCAAAUUUGCUAUGACUUUUUUUUGUAUGAAUUUAUUUUGCAGUU